UCGAUUGCCCUAACACGCUCCUCAGCUCUACCGUGUGAAGACCACUCAGCCAAACUUCAUUGAACAAUCUCCCGCUUUAAGGAUUGCUCUUUUGUCGUUUACUAUACACAUUUGAUGGAACAUAAAAUAUAGGAGUAGUGCCGGCUCCUCGGAAUGGACCCGGUGCACAAAGCUCUGCUGCAGACGCACCGGCUGGAGCUGUCCGGGCAGCUGCUGGUCAGCGACACUAUCGUUCCGUUUCUGUACCAGGAGAACAUCUUCACGGACGCUCAGGUGGAGGACAUCGAGGCUCAGCCGACCAACAGGCAGAAAAGUCUGAAGCUGCUGGAGCUGCUGCCGGGCCGCGGGCCCCGGGCCUUCGACUGCUUCCUGCGGUCUCUGGAGGAGUUCGGCUGGGUCCGAGACAAGCUGCUGCUGGAGCUCCGGACACCGCCCGGAACCGGACCAACAGACGUCCGGCCGCUUCCCGACUCGGUCCUUCAGAAGCUUCCUUCGGACCGGGAGUUAUCGCGGCUGGCGGCACGGCUCGGCUCUGCGUGGGAGUCGGUGCUGUUGGAUCUGGGUCUGUCCGCGGAGGACUUGUUCCGGUGCCGGUCCGAUCACCUGCUCUGCGCUCACGGAGCCGCUCUGGCCGCUCUGGUGCAGUGGAGGCGACGUGAGGGCAAGAGCGCCACGGUGCAGAGACUUCUGCACAGCCUGCAGGCCGCCGACGUACAUCCCUCCGUCCUGCAGGACGUCCUGCUGUGACACUUCAUCAGCUUCACAAGACUUUAACUGGACGGAUCCAUACGUUUCAAACCUUUACACAUGAAAGCCAAGAAGUUUCAGUCUCUUUAUGGCCUUUCAAAAUAAAAGUCCUGCAGCUCUGUGGAAACGGCACAAUCACGACUGGAGGUAGAGAGAACUCAGAAAUAUGUUUUGUGCAGUAAAACACAAAUAAAAGAAAAAACAAGUUUAAUUUAUUUUAUCAUUUAAUUUACAACAUUUUUUAUAAAAUUGAAUCUUGAAAUGUUUAAAUAAAAUGUUUUUACAGGAUCAGGUUCAAGCUUUGUUUAAAUGACAUGUAGAUUAAAGUGAUUUUGAUAAAUAAUUUCCCUGAUGGAAGUGUUUGUCACUUUCACCAAGUUUCAAAAUAAAAGUCUGAGUUUUUAAAACCAGAAUCUCGAGAUAAAAGUUUAGUUGUGAGAUAUUUCUGUAAAACAUCACAGACUGUUUCUUUAAACGCUCCUGAAAACAUGAAUAAAUAAAUGUGGAUCUGACUUUUAUUUUAUAACUAAACCUGCUGUUAUUAAAGAGUUUUAUUCAAAUCACGUUUAAGUUCAAGACAUUUAUACAACUUCACUUUACAUUUCCUUCUGAUCAAACUUCAGACUUCACUGGAGCUCUUACACUUUUUCCUGGAAGUCGAGCAAUUACUUUUUUAUCAGAAACACACACACACACACACACACACACACCCCUCUCUGUUCUGUAUUAAUUCCUCAACAGCUUUCUGUUGGUUUUCAGGGUUUUAAGGUGGACUGAAGAGAUAAGAACUAAACUGUUUUUAUGUUUCUGUUUAAAAAUCAUGAAAUUAGAAGUUUAAGUCUUAUUUUCUUUGAACUGUUUUUAAAGUGUUUCACUUUUCAACCCUUAAAGAUCCGAAAAUAAAAGUCAUGAAUCUGAGAUUAAAGCAACAUUUUAGCGCCUCAUGCAUUCGUUAUAAUUUCAUUACUUACACAAACUAACGAGGUGACGACUUCGUGAACACAGGAAAACACUUUCUCUUAUGAUCCAGUUUCA